AUGAUCAUCCAAAUAAAAAAUCUGCGUGGUGAACAAACUAGCUUAGAAAUCGACCCCCAGAUCAAAGUGAUUGAAGUUAAGCGCUUAAUCCAAACAGGCCAAGGCCAUCCUAUAGAGUCUCAAAAACUCCUUUACAAAGGUAAAAUUCUUGAAGACGAAAAACCUCUUACAGACUUCCAAAUCACAGAAAACGCUAUUUUAGUGCUAAUGGUUUCCAAUAAAAAGCCUCAAGAGCGACCUCAGCCAGAAUCCGUUCCACAAGUUCCACAGCGCCAAGAGCAAGCCCAAUACCAAGUCAACGAAGCUGAAGUCUCUCGCCUUAUGGAAAUGGGUUACUCCCAGCAAGAAGUCGUCGCUGCCUUGCGAGCUGCCCACAAUAACUCUGAGCUCGCUAUAGAAUACCUCGUGUCCUCUGCAAUCCCUAUAACAAACGAACAAGGCGACGAGCUUGAAGUAGACGAAGAAGAUCUAGAAGAAGCCGGCGGAGAAGUCACAUCCUCCACAUUUGACUUUUUAUUGCAAUCCCCUGAGUUCCAACGGAUAAGAGAAGUUAUCCUGCAAAAUCCUGAAGAGCUCAACGUCUUUUUACAACAAUUAGAAGCCACCAACCCAGAACUAUUGGCACUUAUAAAUAGCAAUAUGGACGAGUUUAUCAGAAUUUUAGGCGGAAGACGGCAGCCAAGAGGAACUAUUCAAAUCCAGCUAUCUCCUGAAGAACAAAAUGACGUCCGAGAACUGAUCCAGCUUGGCUUUUCACAAGAAGACGUCAUACAGGUAUACUUAAGCUGUGAUAAAAAUAAAGAAGUGGCCGCAAGUCUGCUGUUUGAGAAUUUCCAGCAAAAUCCUCAAGGAUUUCAAUAA